GAUUGAUUCUGUGCGAUUUCCGCCAGCAGCAGUUCACAAGAUAUUCUACAGAAAUUUUGCUUCCCUGGAUGGUCCGAAUUAUUAUUUUUUUGUGCGCUUAGUUGACUGCAUCAUUCAGUUGUCACAAUGACUGAUCUCAAGCAUCACAAGCGUUUCUUUCAGUGUUUGUGGGCUUAUCUCCUACUAUUAGGUUGAUAUAUUGCCGUUUGCUUCUGCUUAUCAGUACAUUUAUUUUACGCGCCAAAAAGAAGAUGCAUCUUCAUGUAACGGUUUUUUUUCGUUGUUUAUCACGAUGUUAAAUUGCUCGUUUAGGCGAAAUUUAUUAAAUGGAAUGUUCCAGAAAAUGAACAAAGGUUCAGAUUCAGCCAACACCAACGGCGCCAUGUCGAUCGAACAAACCUAUCAGAAGAAAUCUCAAUUGGAGCACAUCCUGCUUCGUCCCGACACAUAUAUUGGCUCAGUGCAGCAUCUCACAGAACAAAUGUGGAUCUAUGACACUGAGGCAAAGUGCAUGGUCAACAAACAAAUCACUUAUGUUCCUGGUUUGUACAAAAUCUUUGAUGAAAUCCUUGUCAAUGCCGCCGAUAACAAGCAAAGAGAUAGCUCAAUGGAUUGCAUCAAGAUUGAGAUUGAACCAGAGGAGAACAAGAUCUCAGUGUGGAACAAUGGGCAAGGUAUUCCUGUUGUCAUGCACAAAGAAGAAAAAAUGUAUGUACCAACAAUGAUCUUUGGUCAUCUACUCACCUCUUCCAACUACAAUGAUGAAGAAGCAAAGGUCACAGGCGGUAGAAACGGCUACGGUGCCAAGCUGUGCAACAUUUUCAGUAAGAAGUUCAUAGUUGAGACAUCCAGCAGGGAAUACAAGCGAAAGUUUAAACAAACCUGGACGGACAACAUGGGAGCCACCAAGGAGGCCAGUGUCAGCGAAAAUGCCAGGGAUACCGAUUAUACAAAGAUCACUUUCUAUCCGGAUUUGUCUAAGUUCAGCAUGGAGAAACUAGAUGAUGAUAUCGUAGGUCUAAUGCGUCGUCGUGCGUAUGACGUAGCUGCGUCCACACGUGGCGUGAAAGUAUUCCUGAACGGGGAGCGUCUCUCUGUGAAAAACUUCAAGGACUACAUAGAUCUGUACCUGAAAUCUAACGAGGAUGAGGAGAGUCGUAAAGUCGUCUAUGAGACUGUCAGCGACCGUUGGGAAGUCGCGUUUUGUCUGUCGAACAACGGUUUCCAGCAAGUGUCGUUUGUAAACAGUAUUGCCACAACGAAAGGUGGUCGCCACGUGGAUUACAUCGCUGAUAUGAUAGUAAAACAAGCGCAGGAGAUUCUCAAGAAAAAAAACAAGGGCGGUGUAGCCAUCAAACCGCAUCAGAUCAAAAACCACAUGUGGGUCUUCAUCAAUUGUUUGAUUGUCAAUCCCACAUUCGACUCACAGACCAAGGAAAACAUGACUUCACUCCAAAAGAACUUUGGAUCGAAGGCGACGCUAAGCGAAAAGUUCAUCGGGCAAGUAGUGAAGAGCGGUUUAGUUGAGCACGUCCUCUCGUGGGCGAAAUUUAAAGCUCAGACUGAAUUGAAUAAAGUUGGCGGUAGGAAACAAACGAAAGUAAAGGGUGUACCCAAACUGGAGGAUGCUAACGAAGCUGGUGGUAAGAACGCGCUCAAAUGUACACUCAUCUUGACUGAGGGAGACUCAGCCAAAUCUUUAGCCGUGUCUGGUUUGGGUGUCAUCGGACGCGAUUAUUACGGCGUGUUUCCACUGCGUGGUAAACUGCUCAAUGUGCGCGAAGCCACACACAAGCAGAUCUUAGAAAAUGCGGAAAUUAAUAAUUUAGUUAAGAUUGUCGGAUUGCAGUACAAGAAAAAGUAUAACACUGAGGAAGAUUUGAAGACGUUGAGAUAUGGAAAGAUUAUGAUUAUGACUGAUCAGGAUCAGGACGGAUCUCACAUUAAAGGAUUGUUAAUUAAUUUUGUGCAUUGCAACUGGCCGGAGUUAUUGCGGUUGAACUUUUUGGAACAGUUUAUUACGCCGAUUGUUAAGGCCACGAAGAGGAACGAGGAAUUGUCAUUUUAUUCACUACCAGAGUUUGAAGAAUGGAAGAGCAAUACAGCAAACUAUAGGACUUACUCCAUCAAAUACUACAAAGGUUUGGGAACCUCCACUUCAAAGGAGGCUAAAGAAUACUUCACCAACAUGGAACGCCAUCGUAUUAAGUUUACCUACGGCGGACAGCGCGACGACGAUCACAUUUUGCUUGCGUUCAGUAAGAAACACAUCGAACAUCGCAAGGAAUGGCUCACUAACUUUAUGGUUGAGAAUCGUCGACUUAAAGAGCUCGGUUUACCUGAAAAAUAUCUGUAUACUAAAACUACGAAAUCUGUCACCUAUACGGACUUUAUUAACUUGGAGUUUAUUCUAUACUCGAACGCUGAUAAUAUUCGUUCGCUUCCAUGCAUUGUCGACGGUAUGAAACCUGGCCAACGUAAAGUUUUGUUCACUUGCAUCAAGCGUAACGACAAGAAGGAAGUAAAGGUGGCGCAACUGGCUGGUUCAGUUGCUGAAAAGUCUGCAUACCAUCACGGUGAAGUAUCCCUGUGCUCAACGAUUGUUGCUUUAGCGCAAAACUUCGUCGGUUCGAAUAAUAUUAAUCUGUUGGAACCGCGUGGUCAGUUUGGUACUCGGUUAGCUGGUGGCAAAGAUUGCGCCAGUCCCAGGUACAUUUUCACAAAGAUGUCGCCACUUACCCGCUUGAUUUUCCAUCCGCAUGAUGAUCCGCUUCUUAAGUACGAAUUCGAUGAUAAUUUAAAAAUUGAACCACAGUGGUAUUGCCCGAUUAUUCCGAUGCUGCUUGUCAAUGGCGCGGACGGUAUCGGCACAGGCUGGAUGACCAAAAUCCCGAAUUAUAAUCCGAGGGAUCUUGUUCAGGCGAUACGGGCGAUGAUUGAUGGUCGCGAUCCGCCACAGUUGCAUCCGUGGUAUAAGAACUUCAAGGGUACGGUUGAAUCUGUGGACGAACAUAGAUAUGUGACGAGUGGUGAGGUUGCAGUCACUCGCCACAACUGCAUUGAAAUCACCGAGCUGCCGGUCGGUACAUGGACGCAAGUAUAUAAGGAGAAUGUGCUUGAGGUGUUGAUGAAUGGCAGCGAUAAGGUGAAAGCAUUGAUUUCGGAUUACAAGGAAUACAAUACCGAUACGACAGUCAAGAUGACCGUGUCGAUAAUUCCAUCGGAAUUUUCAAACAUCGAAAAGGAAGGGUUUCAUAAAGUUUUUAAGCUGCAGAAUUCUUUUACUUUGUCAUCAAUGUGUGUAUUCGACCAUUUGGGAUGUCUGCGAAGAAUGGAAAACGUUAUGGAUAUCAUGCGAGAGUUUUACACGCUGCGUUUGAAGAUGUACACAAAGCGGAAGGAGUAUCUUGAGGGUAUGUUGGAAGCGGAAGCGAAUAAACUCUCCAAUCAGGCGCGUUUCAUCAUGGAGAAAUGCGAUGGCACGCUUGUGGUCGAAAACAAAAAGCGAAAGAUUAUUAUCCAGGAACUUAUCAGCAAAGGCUUCAAAGCGGAUCCGGUGUUGAUGUGGAAAGAAUCUCAAAAAGAAGAUGACGAAGAGGAGGGUGGUGAGGUAGAUGAAGAUGGCAAUAGUUCACAUGCUGCUGCACCCACUGAUACAGUGACCGAGAAUAAGAAGUUUGAUUACCUUCUUGGUAUGUCCAUUUGGAUGUUGACAGAUGAACGCAAAUCGGAAUUAUUGCGUCAGCGUGAUGAAAAAAUUCACGAAUUGAAGACGCUACAAGCUAAGAGUAAUUCAGAUUUGUGGCGCGAGGAUUUGGAUGUGUUUAUGAAGAAAUUGGAUGAGGUGGAAGAGGCCGAACGCCGUGAAGAAGCGAAUGUACCCAAAGGUAAGGGUGAAAAGAAGGGCUUGGCUUCCAGGAAGAAGCUCGUCAAUAUGAAUGAGACGAUGCCGUCGCCGAACGCAAAACGCAUCCAACCAACAAUCUCAGAUGAGAUGAAGAAGAAGUUUAUCGCUGCGGGUGCAAAGAAUCGGCCCAAGAAGGUACUUCAAACAAGCCUGUCACAAGAUACUGCAGAGGAGGCAGACGAGUUUGAUAAUAUGACUAAGGCGUCUGAUUUAAAGAAAAAGGUGGGAACACCCGAAGAAGCAGAGAAGAAGGCGAAAGGACGCAAGAAGAAAGAAACAGGCAAAGAUGGUCUGAAGCAGACCAAGUUAACAUUCACAAAGAAAGCUGCAGAGAACGGUAAAAAUACUACCAAGGACGGUGAUGAUUCCGAUUCUAAUGACGAUGAAGCUGCGGUGGAAAAGGCCCCUCGCGAUUUACCCAAACGAAAUGUCCCUAAAAAGAUUUACAACCUCGACUCGGACGAUGACUUCGACAGCGCAGGUGCAAAGGAUGAUUCCGAUGAGGAUAUGUUUAGUUCCCCGAAAGCCGUUGCCAAACCUGCUGCCACGACACCCAAGCCAAAGGACGACAGCGACGAUGAUGAUGAAGUCUCACCACCACCGAAAAACAAUGAAAGCAGUGAGGAUAUGUUUGACCGAAUGGUUGGUAAGUCGCCAACGCCAGUUAAAAAACCACCGGGAACCAAACGCAAACUGCUUCGAUUAUCCUCCGACGAUGAAUCUCCGAAGAAAAAACCCGCGCCUAAAUCGAAGAAAGCAAAGACAAACUCAAGCGGCGAGAAGCCGAAGAAGAAAACCACCCCGAAGAAAAAGAAGCCCGCGCGCAGCGAUAGCGACAGCGGCGAAUCCGAUGAUGGUGAUGAUGAUGACGAUUUCGUGCCGAAGAAACCAGCGGCGCGGACGGCGCGCGCCACCAAACCAUCCAAGUAUAAGUUUAGUGACUCUGACCUCUCUGAUUAAUCAAUUUCGGGAAACACUCGAGCUCUACCUAGUAAUUUGUUUCAUUUUAAGUAAUUAUUUUACCGUAUUUAAACACACGUUUCAUGUUUUUAUGUGCUACGUCUAAAUUAACUAACUCAUCAUAAAAGAAUAUUUAUAACAAUCGAUAUUUUUUUAUUUAAUUUUUACCGGUUAUUAAGUAGUCUGAUUUUAUAUAAAAUAACACGCGUUUUUAUACUCCAUGGAUAGAAUACAAAAUAAAAACGUACAUAUUCUCAUCAAAAUCAAACUGAAACUGAAUGUUCGAAUGUAGUUGUGAAAAAUUCCAACGUAAGAUUUAUUUCUAAUAUAAAGAUAACAGUUUUAAGACAGUAA